CUCGGCAACACAGCGUGCACAGGUCGCAGCAGCAGAGCACCGAGCAACACACUAUUCAGCAGUGCAGCAGCCGUCAUGAAUCCAAAGCGGCCUCCGCUGUUGCUGGUCUCAGACCCGCGGCAGCAAGCUGCAGCUGCUGCUGGUGGUGGCGCCCGCGGCGACUCCAAGCCGCGACAACAGCUGCGAAUAGACCACUACAUGCCUCAGGCGCCCAAGCGACACAAGCCGAAUAAUGCCGCGCAGGAGCAGACGAAUUUGGGGGCCCCCGCUGGCGGUCGGGCCGCACCAGCAGUGGGCGGCAAAGCCACGGCUCCCCCGGCCGGGUCGUCGUCGCUGCCUCCCCGUCGCAGCGGCGGGUCAUCACAACAGCCCGCCCUUUCAGCCCCCCGCACUGCUGCUGCUGCGGCUGCUGGUGCGGGUGCGGGUGCUGCGGGUGCGGGUGCUGCUGGCACAGGCGCCUCCAACGCCGCCACUCCUACCACCAGUACCAGCGCCGCAGCCCCACCAGCCGCCGCCAACGCCACCACCAACGCCAUCGCCGCCGGCGCCGCCGCCAACAGCGGCUUGGCGGCGGCCGCCGCCGCACGGGCGCGUUGCGGCGUCAGCGGCAUCAGCCUUGAGUCGUACGUACAGCUGUUCGGCGCGUUGACCAAGGGCCAACCUGUCGUACAACCGGUUACGGUGAUUGAGGAGCCGUACUUCAAGAUGGGCGACCUGCGGGCGCUACUGGACGUGCACGGGCUGGCGUUCACACGCAACAAGAAACGCGAGCUGCUGGACCGACUGGUCGGGCUGGCGGCGGCGCCGCCGGGGCAGCAGCUACAGCCACAGCCACAGCUUCAGCCACAGCCACAGCUUCAGCCGGCACAAGCACUGUCUAGACAGCAGCAGCAGCAGCAGCAGCAGCCGGCACCGGUGUGUGUGGAGGCUUCAGACCUGGCGGUGCUGGCGCACAGCUGGGCAGUGAGCGUGCCGGCGUCGGCGUCGGCAAUGGCGACGGCUGCAGAGGGCAGCGCCGCCGCCGGGCCAGCAACAGGAGCAGCGGCGGGCGGGGCUGCUGACGGCGGCGGCGGGGUGGUAGCAGGUGCGGCGGGUGGCUGGUUGGAGGAGCUGGUGCCUGUGCUGCAAGCUUCACUGGCGGCGGCCGAGCUGGAGGCGGCGGGCCAGGGCGAUUGGGCACUGCCGCCGUGGCCGCCGCAACAGCAGGUACACGAGCAGCAACGGGAGGAGCCCCGGCCAGGAGCGGCUGCAGCAGUAGCGGCGGCGGCUCAGGCGGAGGCGGCGGGCAAGGCCACAGUGUCAGUAGGCGGUGCAGUGGAGUCGCCCACCGCGCCACCUCAGCCGCAGCCGCCACCGGGGAACCCGCCCGCCGGCAGCGUGGCGCAACCGCCUCAGCCGCAGGCGGCAGGCCCAGCUCCUCGGACCCGGCCGCCACCGCCGCCGCCACAGCCACCAGAGCCGCCGCCACCACCGCCACCACCACCACCUCCGCCGCAGGAUGAGCCUCAGCUGCAGCAGCCACCGGCUGCCAGUGGUGUGCAGGCCCCGCCUGCCGCCGCACUGCUGGGCAUGCAGCUGGACGACUCGGCCCAACGCCAGCUGCUACAGCUGCUGCAGCUGCUACAGGGCGGCGGCGGCGGCGGCAGUGCCGUUACCAGGGCUGCUGCUGGAGCGCCUGCUACUGCCAGCGAUGGGGGUGGCGGAGGUGGCGGGGGUGGCGGGGCCAGCCGUGCCAUGCCACAACAACAGCAGCAGCAGCAGCAGCAGCAGCAGCAGCAGGCGCGACCGCAGCGACAACCCCAACAACAGCAAUUGCGGCAGCGACAGCAGCUUGGACUGCGGAGGGAGGCAGCGGAGUCACGGGAGGAAGCGGAGGACGGGAUGGACGGGGCCUAUGCUGACGAGGAGGGCGACGGCGGCGGGUAUGCUGAUGCCGACGCAGGCGCAGACGCAGACGCCGCAGACGCAGACGCAGACGACUACGGCGGGGCUGUUGGCGGUGGUGGUGCUCAGGUGCUUACGCUGCAGCACCACCCGGCUGCUGGCGGGCACGGCGGCGGCGGGAGGCAUUGGGGUGGCGAUGGCGGGGAGGGCGAGGAGGGCGACGAGGGCGAGGAGGGCUACGAAGGGGCAGCAGCAGGAGACGGCGAUGGCGGCGGCGCCGGCGGCUCCCAGGAUUCACGCCUGGGUGUGGCGGUGCUGCCGUGGCUGGCCCCACAGAUCAUAGGCUUCAGCCAAGCUCACGCCGCCAGCACCGAGCCGCUGAUCAGCUCGGGGCAGCUGCUGGGCCGCCGCGUGGCCUUCGUGCUGCUCAGCGCCUUCAGCUACCAGGACGCCCGGGCGGGGACAGAGGUGCUGCCGCCGGGUGUGUACCAGGGCCGUGUGUCUGAGGCUCUGGGCCAGGGCUGCCAGGCGGAGCUGUGCGGCGCCGGCUGCGGCGGAGACCACUGCUUCUUCUACGUGCGUCUGGUCGCGCAGCCCGGCAUCUCCAUCCGGGGGCGCCUGGAGCUCAAACUGGAUCUGGCGGCACGAAACCGUGUGGACUCCUUCCCGCGCCUGGCGGGGCUCACCGUGGCCCAGCUGCAGGACGCAUGGGUGCUGCUGGGCAGCAUCAGUGGUGGCGGCAGUAGCGCGGGACCGGCAGGGGGCGCGGCUGUGGCUGGUGGCGGGGGAGGCGGGGGAGGACGGGGAGUGCAGGAUGCGGGGAUGGGCACCAGGACGGCUGUCGGUGGCAAGGCGUGGAGCCCUGACACGGAGGCAUGCUGCAUAUGUACCACGUGAUACCUGCAACCCUGCAAAGGCGUAUGCCGCUCAGUGUGCGUUGCUGUUGCCGUGUUGCGAGGAGUUGAAGGGCAACAGCUCGAGUGGCCGACCAGGUUGCUGUCGUGUGCCCAUGCGGCCCUUCCUAAGCGUGAAAGGGCAGUGCGUUGAGUUUACGGUAUGCAUUG